GACUUUAAGUGAUAAAUCAAAAGAAGCUAAAGUAAAAAGCAAACCCAGGGCUGUUUCUUGUUUGCCAAAAUACUCUGCAGGUCUAGAAUUACUUAGCAGGUAUGAAGAUACAUGGGCUGCACUUCAUAAAAGAGCGAAGGAGUGUGCAAGUGCUGGAGAGCUGGUGGACAGUGAGGUGGUUAUGCUUUCCGCACACUGGGAGAAAAAGACAACCAGCCUGAGAGAGUUACAGGACCAACUCCAGCAGCUUCCUGGUUUAAUAGCGGACUUAGAAUCUGUGACUGCAAAUCUCACUCACUUAGAGGCAAGUUUCGAGGAGGUAGAAAACCACCUGUUGCAUCUAGAAGAUCUGUGUGGGCAGUGCGAGUUAGAAAGGCACAAGCAUAUGCAGUCCCAGCAACUGGAAAACUAUAAGAAAAACAAGAGGAAGGAACUUGAAACCUUCAAAGCUGAACUAGAUGCUGAGCACGCCCAGAAGGUCCUGGAAAUGGAGCACACUCAGCAGCUGAAACUGAAGGAGCGGCAGAAGUUCUUUGAGGAGGCGUUCCAGCAGGACAUGGAGCAGUACCUUUCCACAGGCUACCUGCAGAUCUCCGAGAGGAGAGAGCCCAUGGGCAGCAUGUCGUCCAUGGAAGUAAACGUGGACAUGUUGGAGCAGAUGGACCUGAUGGACAUCUCCGACCAGGAGGCCCUGGACGUCUUCCUGAACUCGGGUGGAGAAGACAAUGCUGCACUCUCCCCUGGGUCAGGGCCUGAAUCCAGUUCGUGUCAGCAUGAGAUCACCCUGCAGGUUCCCGCCCCCUCAACAGGCCAGGCCAGGCUGCCUUCUCUUUCCUCCCCCAGCACUGACUCGACCACCCAGGACCCCAGUGACGAUGGGGAGUCACCCGUGGUGCAGUCUGAUGAGGAGGAAGUUCAAGUGGACACUGCCCUGGCUACCUUGAUCACCGAUGGGAAGGCCACCUCGGAUGGUACCGAGGACAGUGACUCCUGA